AUGGAUUCAGCAAGUCGUUGGGAUGGAUUAGGUAUGGACAUUGCCUAUGAAGAGGCAUUAAUUGGUUACAAAGAGAACGGUGUGCCCAUUGGAGGCUGUUUGAUCGAUUCCAGAGAUGGAAGAGUUCUUGGACGUGGACACAAUUUGAGAUACCAGAAGAAUUCAGCAACCCUCCAUGGUGAGAUAUCUACUUUAGAAAAUUGCGGUAGACUACCCGCAAGCGUCUAUCGCCAUGCUACGAUGUAUACAACCUUGUCACCUUGUGAUAUGUGUACCGGUGCCAUUGUCAUGUAUGGGAUCCCCAGAUGUGUUAUUGGAGAACAUGAUAAUUUUAAGUCACCUGGCGAAGUCUACUUGGAAUCUAGAGGUCAUCAAGUUGUGGUAGUCGACGACAAGAGGUGUAAAGAUCUGAUGAAGAAAUUUAUCUUAGAAAGACCCGGAGAUUGGGCAGAAGACAUCGGAGAGUAG